AUGUUGAAAAAAAUAGCCGUCAUUUUUUACAUUUAUUUAGGAGAGUAUAUCAGUGCGAGCAUCCCCAAGUGUGCCGGCUGCGAACAACCCAUCCUGGAUCGGUUCAUCCUCAAGGUUCUGGAGCGGUCGUGGCACGCGCGCUGCCUCAAGUGCGCCGACUGCCAGGCACAGUUGGCCAACAAGUGCUUCGCCAGGAACGGGCACGUCUACUGCAAGGACGACUUCUUCAAGCGCUACGGGACGAAGUGCGCGGGCUGCGAGCUCGGCAUUCCGCCGACGCAAGUGGUUCGUCGCGCGCAGGACAACGUGUACCAUCUGCACUGCUUCGCCUGCAUCCUGUGCAAGCGACAGCUGAACACGGGCGACGAGUUCUACCUCAUGGAGGACAAUAAACUUGUCUGCAAGGCGGACUACGAGGCCGCCAAAGCGCGCGAGGGUUCCACCAAGCGACCGCGGACCACCAUCACGGCUAAACAGCUGGAGACGCUCAAGAGCGCCUACAACAACAGUCCCAAGCCGGCCAGGCACGUGCGAGAGCAGCUGUCCCAGGACACGGGCCUGGACAUGCGCGUCGUCCAGGUCUGGUUCCAGAACAGACGCGCCAAAGAAAAGCGUCUCAAGAAGGACGCCGGCAAGACGCGCUGGGGAGACUUUUUCCGGUCUUCGUCCGGCGCGAGUAUCAAGCGGGAUAUCAAGGACCAUCCAGAGGACUCUGAGCCGUUCGGCAUGACCGGCAGCGACCCGGAGGCCUCCCACUCGCCGGGCCAGCACUCGGGCCACAGCGGGGCUUCGUCCUACUUCCCUGCCAGCCCCGGCGCCCAGAUGGGGCCGCACUUCGGCCUUUCCGGAGAGCAGUUCCCGGGACGCGGAGACGACACCUACGGGGAGUUCCCGCCCAGUCCGGCCUCGUGGCUCGAAGACAUGGACAGCACGCCUUCGUCGGCCAACUUCUGA